AAAAAGAAAAAAGUGCGAUACGCAAAACAAAAGCUUUUGCCGGUCUCGGAAGUAAGCGAUAAUUUUCAGUGCUUAAUUUCUCCAACAAUUGCGUCCAAAAUGACGAAGAAACUGCUUAUGUUGCUUCCCCACGGCGCUGAAGAAAUGGAAUUUGUGAUUUGCGUCGACGUUCUGAGAAGAUGCGGGGUCAAUGUUACCGUUGCUGGUCUGACCGAUAAAACAGUGAAGUGCUCGCGGGAUGUGGUCAUCAAGGCUGAUACUACCCUGGAGGAAGCCGCUAAUGAAGAUUUUGAUGCCAUUGCUCUGCCGGGUGGUCUUGGCGGAUCCAAGGCCAUGUCGGGAUCUACCAAGUUGGGAGAAGUCCUGAAGUCGUUCGAGUCAAAAGGAAAGCUUAUUGCCGCCAUUUGUGCUGCUCCGACCGUGCUCUUGACACAUUCGGUCGCCCUCGGAAAAACUCUGACGUCGUAUCCCUCCUUCAAGGAUGAAUUUGCUGGAAAGUACACCUACGUUGAGGAUAAAACCGUGGUUGUCGAUGGAAAUCUUGUUACCAGUCGUGGCCCAGGAACAGCAUUUGAUUUUGCACUGAAACUUGGGGAGAUUCUAGUGGGCUUGGAUAAGACCAAGCAAGUCGCAAAGGGAAUGCUGUACAAUAUGCACUAAAGCUGAAGCGUUUGAGUUCCUCUGCUCCAUAUUUUCGCUACAAUUCGGCUCUCAAUUCUCUGCUCAUUAUACAAAUAAUUUUCGUUUUAGUCAUAAAUGUAAAUUCUAGCAUA